CGCCAAAAUCCCACCAUGUUUGCCUAGGAGAUAAGAGACUGACUUUUGGCUGAAAGAAUGCGUGAUAAUGACACUGUCUCCAGUGUCAGUUCCAUAAACAGGAUUAUGUGGACAAAAGUACAGCAAUCUCCAAAUCAGCAAGUCUCUUCCUCAAGUCAUAGCAUAACCUCUACAGGGCCAGUGACUCAAGUGUCUUUAGUGAACAAUGACUCUGCGAGCUGUUCUUACUCCAUCAGUGGAAUUCUGAGAAUCACUUCCUCUAACACUGAUACCAGCAACAAACGCAAGUGGGACAAAGGUGUUCAGGACUCUCCUGUUCCAAAUGGACAUUCCCUUCCUGGCAGAGAUUUCCUGAGAAAGCAGAUGCGGGGAGAUAUUUUUUCACAGCAGCAAUUAGAAUUUUUAGAUCAGGUUUUUGGUAGACAGCACUAUUCAGACAUCUUCAGCACUACAGAGCCCAUCAAGCCUGAGCAGACAACAGAAUAUUCUGCCAUGGCUUUGUUAGCAGGUGGCCUGGAUGAUAUGAAAUCUAAUCUCUUAAACUCUAGUGCAGCAGAUUUAGGAGCCAGUGUUCCUGGACCACAGCCAUAUCCUAUUGUAAAAGGGUCUUCAGAUUGUUAUAGUGCAGCUGAAAGAGAAGCAGCACCUACAGCAGUAGGCACUGCUUAUGAUCGCCACUGA